AUUUAUAUUGAGAAUAAUAUUUUUUUUUUCAUGUUUUCAUUAAAUUACAACCAGGCUUGAUUAUUUAAGCCUUUCUGUUUAGGCAAAUCCAGACAUCUGACUACGGCAAUUCAAAGCAAGUAUUUACUAUUUUUUCCCACAUAUUUCAGUUGAAUUAGUGUCUAAGAUAAAGAUUGUGCUCACACACACACACACAGUGUGAUUGGAAAUGUGCUGUCAUUUUCUCUUGCUUUUCAAUGUUUAGAUAAAAUGGAUGGGCCUCCCUCAUUUGCUGACCUGAGCAAGUCGGCCAACGAUAUCUUCAACGAAGGUUUCGGAUACGGCUUUGUGAAGCUCUCCGUCAAGUCUAACUUGGCCAAUGGAGUGGAAUUCAAAACAUCUGGAUCCUACGAAAAUAACGCCAACAAAUGUGCAGGUAGCCUGGAAACUAAACAGAAGAGGUCAGAGUACGGUCUCACCUUCACUGAGAGGGUGAACAGUGACCACACUGUUGGAGGUGGAGUGACUGUUCAAGAUCAGAUUCUCAAAGGACUGAAGUUGUCUUUAAACACCACCUUCUCACCAAAAACUGGCAUGAAGAGCGGCAAAGUCACAAUGGCGUACAAGCACAAGUAUGUUAACUUGGGCUGCGAUGUCGACUUACCUUUCGCCACCUCUUCCAUCCAUGCCGUCGUUGGCUACAAGGGCUGGAUCAGUGGUUACAGGAUGAGGUUUGACAGACUGGAGAUAGUCCAGAACACCUUUGCCUUUGGUUACAAGACUGGAGACUUCCAGGUGCACAGCAAUAUUAAUGAAGGAGCUGAGUUUGAAAGCUCCAUCUACCAGAAGGUGAGCGACAAGCUGGAGAUGGCAGUGAACCUGGCCUGGACCACUCACAGCACCAACACAUGCUUUGGCAUCGCAGCCAAGUACCAGCUGAACAAGGAGGCGUCCGUCAGUGUAAAAGUGGACAGCAGUUGCUUUGUUGGUAUCGGGUACAGCCAGAAUCUUAGACCAGGUGUCAAACUCACACUGUCCAGCCUGGUCCAUGGAAUGAACAUCAAUUCAGGAGAUAAGAAGCUUGGACUGGGCUUGGAAAUAGAAGUCUAAAGUUUUCCCUCACACUGCAAAAGGACUUGGGGGAGGGAAUCAGACCUUUAAAAUGUGUCUUCAUCUCAAACCAUCAAGAGAUUGUUUACAAUGCUCUACAACAAACUCCUCACUCGAGCACCACUUCAAGUUGGUGCUUCUAUUUUUGUUUUACCUUUUGCUUUGUAGCUGCUUCUAUUCUAUGAAUGUGUGAAUGUCAUUGUUCCAAUACAAUACUGUGUUUGCCUGUGA